AUGGGUGUCCAAAAGAAAACCCGCAAGUUCGCCCAGGUUAAACGGGCGAUCAAAAAGCACGAUGACCGCGCCAAGAAGGAUAACAACGCCCCGAAACAAGACAAGGCCAAAAGUGACGAGGUCGUCCGGGCGAUUCCCCAAGCUCCGUCGAACAUGUUCUUCGCCGCCAACACGGCCCUCGGACCCCCCUACCAUGUGCUGGUGGAUACCAACUUUGUGUCGCACUCUAUCCGCGCGAAGACGGAUAUGCUGAAAUCUAUGAUGGACUUACUCUAUGCGAAGUGUAUCCCGACGUUUACGGAUUGUACUAUUGCGGAAUUGGAGAAGUUGGGCGAUAAGUUCCGGCUGGCGUUGAGGGUGGCUAAGGAUCCGAGAUGGGCGCGCGUGCGGUGUGAUCACCCCGGUACAUAUGCGGAUGACUGUCUGGUUGAUCGGAUCACAAAACACAGAAUCUACAUCGUGGCGACGAACGAUAAGGACCUGGUUCGCCGGAUUCGCAAAAUUCCCGGUGUGCCAAUUAUGAAGGUCGCCAGAGCGAAAUACGUGAUUGAGAGGCUGCCUGACCACUUUGAGUGA